GUCAUUCAUUCAUACAUAUAUUUCAUUAACAUUAUAAACGGUCGCUGGUCCUCUUUGUCUAUUUCGUCAAACACCACCACCAUCACAAUCUCUCUCUUUCUCUCUCUCUAACUCUCCGCCAUUUUUAGAAACCUCACCAUGACCAGCUCCUCCGCCAACGCUCGCAAGGCUCUGAGUAAGAUUGCUUGCAAUCGGCUCCAGAAGGAGCUCCUGGAGUGGCAGGUCAACCCUCCUGCUGGUUUCAAACACAAAGUCACCGAUAACCUCCAAAGGUGGGUUAUUGAAGUCAAUGGAGCUCAGGGAACUCUUUAUGCAAAUGAAACUUAUCAACUUCAGGUUGACUUUCCUGAGCAUUACCCAAUGGAAGCCCCACAGGUGAUAUUUCUGCAUCCUGCUCCGCUCCAUCCUCACAUUUACAGCAAUGGCCAUAUUUGUUUAGAUAUUUUGUACGACUCAUGGUCCCCAGCCAUGACUGUUAGUUCCAUCUGUAUCAGCAUUCUCUCCAUGCUCUCAAGUUCAACUGUGAAGCAACGCCCUGAAGAUAAUGAUCGCUAUGUAAAGAACUGUAAGAAUGGCAGAUCUCCCAAGGAGACCAGGUGGUGGUUCCAUGAUGAUAAAGUGUAAUAAUUAAAGCAUCUUCUUCCUUAAUCGGUUGCUCAAGAAAUAGUGGGUGGCUAGCCUUCUUAAAGGAAGAUGAAGGCAAAGAAAGAAAGUAUUCUGAACCAGGAUUUUGUCUAAAUGCGUAAUAACUCGUGUAUAUUGGCAAUGCCUGGUAUUUGUAAAGGAAGAUUGACAAUUUGUGUUUCAAAGCAAGGGGACAAACAAAUCCGUGUCUUUGUGGUUAACAGUGAGAGUACUUGGUAUGGGAUCUAAAUUUAGAUGAUUUAGCCCUUCCGAUCUUUUCUAAUGAUAUUUGGGCUCCUUCUGAACUAAAAA